CGGGUUUAAGAAUCAGGUUGAUAUGAAAGUUUGGCAGACAAGCUCCUCCCCUCUGUUGUCGUUGACAGUCACGCACGGGACUCGGAGUCGAGUUGUCCGAGUCUCUGAGUCUCAAGAGCUUCCUAUUAGGCUACAGCAAGGGGCGCUGGCACCGCUCUGUGGGGCUUUGACAUGCUUGCUGUGUUGUAUUUGUAAUCAAGUAGGUAGCAGGGGGGGCUCUCCCGAGUCGGUGCUGUGAAAUAGGCCCGAUACUGCCUAAAGGAUACCCGGGCUUUUCGGAGCGAUUGUGAGGGAUUGCUUAGAACGACUGCUCACGAGCAAGAGAAAAGCAUUUUGCCGGGGGCAGUGGUCGCGGUUUCUUGGUCAAAAGCAAUUGCUGGGAGUCAUUUGCAAUUCAAGCAGUCAAGUGCAGAGAAGCUUGAUCGAAGUAGUUAGAGAUCGUGACAGGAGUGCAGUCGAUUAUUUUAGAUCGGAUUGCUUUCUGCCAUUUUGUCAGGGCAAGGGCUGAGGGCAGCCAUGCCAUCGGAGUUGCUCAACAUCCAGCCUGGGGAGCUCAAAUUUCCAUUUGAGCUGAAGAAGCAGGUUUCUGCAAGCCUCCGGCUGCAAAAUCAGACCUCAAAGAAUGUCGCAUUCAAGGUCAAGACGACCUCCCCCAAGAAGUACUGUGUGCGGCCCAACACCGGGAUUGUGCCCCCCAACGCCACAAUCGAGGUCACUGUGACGAUGCAGGCGCAGCGCGAGUACCCCCCCGACAUGCAGUGCAAGGACAAGUUCCUGGUGCAGAGUGUCUUCGCUGACAUCGCUUCCCCAAAAGAUAUCACCCCAGAGCUGUUCUCCAAGGAGUCCGGGCGCGAGAUCACUGAGACCAAGCUGCGCGUGGUGUACGUGUCCCCCCCGCCCCCCCCUCCCCCCAUCAAUGAGUCAGCAGAGGAGGGCCUCUCUCCCAAGGCCGUGGAGCCAGAAAGCCACAGCAACGCGCACUUCUUCGCAGAAAAGGCUACCACACCAGCGGAGUCAGUGGAUCAUCAGGUCAAGGCACGACAGGCGAACGAGCAUCAGUAUCUGGAAAAGAAGGCGCCAUCAUCGGGCGGCACAACGACAGUUCCUGCCAGGACGGGGGGAGGCAUUUCGUGGAUGCUGGUGCUGCUUAUUGCCGUCAUCGCUCUAAUCAUUGGUUUUGCGCUUCCAAGGAAGUCUUAGGUGGAUCCUUUUGUCGUACAUAACGUGGACACUUUGGGGUACGCCUGUCGCAAAAGUGCUGGUCAGCGAUGCAGGCACAGACCUGUGAAUGGUACUAGAAAGCGAGGGGCAAUAAACUUGAUAAUUUGUAGAAUGAUGUUUCCUGAGAGGCCAUUUCUUUUAUAGGAUGUGAGGUUUUUGGUUCAAGCGUUAUCUGCAUAGUCAGCAUAUGCGAAGUUAUGUUGUUUAGUCAUUCUUUCCAGUCGAUUCAGGCACGGAUGCAUGAAGGACCCUAGAAGCUAAGUACUUCCAGAAUGCGUUUUAUAGUAGGAUUUGGAUGCGCGUCUAGUUGUCCAAACAAAGAUGAAUGUAUCACUGUAGGACUCGGUUGUUGUUACAUGUUUUUGACGGAAUAAGCAUUGGACACCGAGUUAGUGGGUUAUAGCACUUGCAGUUGCAUGGUGCUCGCCCUAGGACUUCGAGCAGAAUAAUGAUUCACAACUGAUUGUUGCACAUCGAGCGGGUCAC